AUGGACAAACUAACGAACAACAAAGAAGAUUUGCUGUCAAUUCCUUCUUACGUCCAUUCAAACUUCUGCGACGACGGAUUUGUUCAGCUAGGGAAGGAUCCUCUUCACGCUUGCUCACCAAUUGUUGUUUGCUGUACUCUGUCUGGUGGAUAUGGCAUAAACUUAGUCCCCCCUCUCUCCCCUGACAGCAGCAGCAGCAGCAGCAGCAGCAGCAGCAGCAGCAGCAGCAGCAAGAGUGUAUGCCGCUGCUGCGUGUUUAUAGAGGGAGGAGGAGGAGGGAAUCCGCAAGUAGAGAGACAAGCGAUUGCUCGUAUACAUAGACAGGGACAAACUAAACCUGUUAUUGCUAUUAGGCUUAUCUCUAAAUAUACAGUUGAGGAGGUUGUCUAUCGUCGUGGCGCUGCUAAGCUGAAGUUGUCAGAGACAGUCCUAGCAGCAGCAGAGUCUGCUGCUGCUGCUGCUGGUUCUGCUGCUGCUGCUGCUGCAGCAGCUGAGGGCAAUGCAGCAGCAAGUACCCCUCUAAAGACACUGCAUGCAUUUGAUUGUGGGGCGCUGCUGCAGCCACCCCAGGCGGAGACAAAGGAUAAGGAUACACCGCAGCAGCAGCAGCAGGAGCAGCUGUUAGAGGCACUGCGGUUUGGUGCUGCUGCGCUUGCUGCAGAAGACAGCAGCAGCAGCGAUAGCAGCAGCAGCAGCAGCAGCAGCGAUAAGGGGGGGUCCGUUAAUGAGGGCGUCUUAGGGUCAUUCCCUAUAGAACAAAUCCUUGCUGAUGCAUUCAGAGAUGAGGACGACACUCCUGCUGCUGCUGCUGCUGCUGCUGCUUCUCCUGCUGCUGCAGCUCCUGCAUCUCCUGCUGCAGCUCCUGGUGCUGCUGUAGACACUGGACAGCAAACACAUGAGGGUUCGGUUGAUUCAUCUCAGUCAGCAUUUGCUGCAUCAACUGCAGCAGCAGCCGCAGCAGCAGCCGCAGCAGCAGCAGCAGCAGCAGCAGCAGCACAUGAAGGGGAGCAAGCGCAUGCAGAGGAUUCAAUAUAUAUAUUUGAGCAAAAAGAUUUUACUUCUGUUGUUAAGGGGAAUAAUAGAUGGGAUGAUGCAGCAGCAAUUGAAUCUCUUGCUGCUGCUGCUGCUGCUGCAGGUGCUGCUGAUGAUGAUGCUGCUGCAGAGAGCGAGGCAGAAGAGCUGCAGCGGUCCCUGAGGCUAGAGAAGAUGUGGCGAUCUCAAGGCUAUCGAUCUUCUGUGCUGCGCAUGGAGGGGGAGACCGAUCCCCGCUACUACACAGAAACAGCAGCAGCAGCAGCAGCAGCAGCAGCACCUGCUGCUGGUGGUAGUGGAAGCGAAGCAGGAGCAGCAGCAGCAGAUGCAGAAGCAGCAGCACCACCACCAGGAGCAGCAGCAGCAGCAGCAGCAGCAGCUGCAACUGGGCGUCAGAUCCCCGCUGAGUCCUUCUUUGCAUACAAGUGUGGGGACUUACGGGGGGGAGAUGUACACCUCGUACAAGGGAGACGGAAGCAAGGACCUACAGGUUGGUGUACACUGAGAAAGAGGCAACGCGUCGAACCGCAGCAGCAGCAACAACAACAACAGCAGCACAAACAGCAGCAGCAGCACCAGAACCAGCAACAACAGCAACAACAGCAGCAACAGCAACAGCAGCAGCAACAGCAGCAGCAACAGCAGCAGCGGCGGCAGUCGCAGUGUAACGUAAAACGACAAUACACAGAUGUGCAACAAGACGAACCCAUGGAGGAAGAUCAACAGCAACAGCAGCAACAGCAGCAACAGCAGCAACAGCAGCAGCACGGCCGAGUCUCAGCAGCAGAUGCUGCUGCUGGGUCUGGACCGAUCGACGAGAGCAAAGAAUGUCUCAGGCGGGAAACAGCAGCAGCUGCUGCUGCUACUGCAGAGCCAGCUGCUGCUGCUGCAGCUAAGGGGACAGCCACUAUGCUGCAGACGGACCAGGAAGACAUGCAGCAACAGGAACGGCAAAAGGCUCAACAGCAGAAUCAGGAGGAGAGGCAGCAGCAGCAGCAAGAGUUGCUGCAGCAACAGCAACAGCGAGACCAGCAACAGCAACAGCAGGAGAAAGAGCGGCAACAGCAGCAGCAGCAGCAGCAGCAGCAGCAGGAAGAGGUGCAGCAGCAGCUGCAGCUGCUGCAGCAGCAGGUGAUGCACGAGCAGCAACUACUUCAGCAGCACCUGCAUGAGCAGCAGCAACUUCAGCAACAGAUGCACCAGCACCACCGCCACCCCCACCGCCACCCCCAGGAGCAGCAGCAGCAGCAGCAGCAGCAGCAGCAGCAGCAGCAGCAGCAGGAGUCAGUACUGUGUGUGGGGUGGAGAGGCCGAGGAUAUCUGUGGUUAUUGCAUAGAUCUAUUUGCUGCCCAUCUGCAUACACAGGCAGCAGCAGCAGCAGCAGCAAGCAACCUGCUGCUGCUGCUGCAGCAGCAGCAGCAGGAGAUGGACAACAGGAGAGGGGAUGGUUAGAGGAUGCAGCAAGGGAAGUAGCAAAAAGGAGACAGCAAGCAGCAAUGCAUGCAGCAGCACAUCCUUAUCUAAUAACAGCAGAUAGAGUAAUCCCUCCUUCCCUCUUUCUUGCUAUGCAGCAAUGGCAAAAGGAGACACAAGAAAUGCAGCAGCAGCAGCAGCACCAGCAGCAAUUGCAGCAACAGCAGCAAGAGAGGGAACGCGCUAUGGAGGGCGCAAGCGACCCCGUACAGUUUUACGGCGCUUAG